AAGUUUUGCGAAGAAGAGCAUUUGAGGAAAUUCUACAGAUCAUCUUGGCAAAAGGGUGAUUCGCCAAUACCGAUGUUACUGGUGCGAGCCUUCGAGUCUACUUUGGCAUUUGGGAUAUUGUUAUGGUCUUUGUUUGAAGCCGCGAUACCUCAAUGGCUGGUUUAUCUCACUACUUGGGGUAUAAUAAUGGUUUUUGCAAUGGCGGCCAGCGGCCUCUACGUAUCACUGUGUGCUGCGAAAAAAAUGAUACCGGAGGUAGGCAAGCCACCGUGGUACGUAAUGCUGUACUGGGUACUGUUCAACAUAUCAGUUAGUUUAGCCAUCGUUGUAACCCUGCUAUAUUGGAGGUUAUUAUCCGAAAAUGCUAGUAAAUAUGGGAUCCAUGAACGUUACUUCUGGUUGGAAACUUCAUUGCAUGGGUUUAAUGCCGUGUUAGUUCUGAUCGAGUUAUUUGCGUCUCGGACCCCAGUGCGUUUAGCGCAUAUCUACCAGCCGCUUCUGUUGGGCGUCGUGUACACUAUAUUUUCCAAGAUAUAUCAGAAGGCUGGGGGCACUGGCGCACACGGAGAACCGUACAUCUACAAGUUUCUGGACUGGAGCGAGCCGCAGGUCACGUUGCAAACGACGAUCGGCGUUGCUUUAAUGAUCAUCGUUCUAUACGUCUUUUUGUGGGCUUUAGCGUUUGUCCGAGACUGGUUGAGUCGGCUUUGUUGCUCUACUAAACAACCGAUAAUCGAACACAUUGUACCUAUCACUGUAUAGAAUCAGGAUCCAAUACGCUAAGUGACUAUAUCGGAUCCUCCUAGAUAUAAUGCAAUUUUUCAAAAUAUUAUGUUGACUUCUUAAAUGAUUAAUGCAUUACGAGUAUGUCUGUUAUUAAGUCAUUCUGCCGUCAUUUUUAAAAGGCAGUCUUCUCAGAACAUAUUAUUAUUCUUUAGGAGAAUACUGCUUUUUAGGACACUACGGCAGUAUGGUACAUAAUUUUGGAUCGGUGUAGGUACAUUACGUAUAAUUUUUUCAACUUUGUGUAACUAUUCAUUCGCCAAUAGUUAACAAUUUGUAGAAAAUUGUGCAUAUUUAAGGAAUAACCACUACUCCGGUUUUUAAAAGGUUCAUAAAAAUAAAAAUAUGUAAGCUAAGAUAUACAGAAUAAAGCGCCAUCUAUUGUUGA